AUAAAGCAGCCGCGGUGGACUGGCGUCCGCACGCCAGGUUCCCGGCGCCCGACCCUCCUUCGCUUUCUCUGCACGCUCGCCCGCCCGCGCCCACCAUGGCCACCAUUCAGCAGCUGGUAGGAAGAUGGUGCUUAGUAGAGAGCAAAGGCUUUGACGAAUACAUGAAGGAAUUAGGAGUGGGGCUAGCUCUGCGAAAAAUGGGUGCAAUAGCUAAACCGGACUGUAUCAUCACUUCCGACGGCAAAAACCUCACCAUAAAAACUGAGACCGCUUUGAAAACAACACAGUUUUCCUGCAUCCUGGGAGAGAAGUUUGAAGAGACUACAGCUGAUGGCAGAAAAACUCAGACUGUCUGCAACUUUACAGAUGGCGCAUUGGUUCAACGUCAGGAAUGGGAUGGAAAGGAAAGCAUAAUAACAAGAAAAGUGGAAGACGGAAAAUUAGUGGUGGUAUGUGUCAUGAACAAUGUCACCUGUACUCGGGUCUAUGAAAAAGUAGAGUAAAACUUUCAUCAUCAUUUUGGAUAGGAAGCUGAGAGGAUGAACAAGCUCAGUUCAAUGAGCAAAUCUCCAUACUUCUUUUUUUUUCAUUACUGUGUUCAAUUAUCUUUAUCACAAACAUUUUACUUUAACUAUUUCAAAGUGUUGGUUUAAUUAGGAUCAUCUCUUUGGUUAGUAAAUAAAUCUGUUUGUGCUAUACCAGUUUUGCAUGUUUUUUUAAGCUUUAUAGGAAUUUAGUGAUGAGUUUUAACAUUUAUGAAUGGAAUAAAUUCUGGGGUAGCCUUGAGGUUACCAUAUUGAGAUUAUAUUUUAGUAAUUUAUAUGUAGAACUACUUCUGUGGCAAAUAAACUACCAAUCAUUAAUCUUGCCCUAUGCUAUUUGAACUUUGUAUCAACUCAAGAAUCUUAAAUUUGUGACAGAGACUGUUCUCGUUGAAAAAUAGCUACAUAAAUAAACUUUAUAAUUUAAAUAUUAGAAUAAAGGUUAAAUCAUACUGUUAAUAGUGUGCUUAUAACUAUUACUCAGGAAUUCUGAGCCAGAAAUUCAUUUAAUAAACUUUCUGAGGACCUACCAUGUGCCAGGCAGUCUUCCAGAGGUUAAGGUAUAUCUGAACACAAGGACAAGUCAUUGCACUUGACAAGAAACACUCAUCUUUGAAAGUACAUAGUGUGCUCAUUAACAAAAGCCGUAAAAGUAAUUGAGCUCUGAAUGAAAUACUUGUGUGUAUAUAUAAAGAAUAACUAGAAUUCUAGUGACUCCUGUCCAAUUUCUCAAGCCAAAUAACAACUAUCUGCAAUUCACAUUUGGAGAAAUUCCUAUAGGCACUGGGCUAAAACUAUGUACAUGAUCCUCAGAGCAAUACUUAGGGGAGCUAGUAACAUCAUCUAUGUGCUGCAAAUAAGAAAAUAGGUUUUUGACUACCUAACUUGUUCAAGGACAUAGGAAGCAGGAGAGUUGGAGUGGGAACCUACAACUCAUGGAGUCCACUCAUGACUGGUCAAUCAUUCUACAGCACUGCCUCUUCUCAGUGGUAUAAAGAUCCUGAGUUUAAAGUACCUAAAUGUAAUAACUGAGACUUUUCUGAAACUACUCUCUAGGCACUAAAAUAUUAGCUGGCAAGAAUCUUUAAUUACUGAGAGCUAGCAGUCAAUGAAAGAGUUGGACUCACUGAUACCCUAGCUCUGUGUUGUCCAAUAUAUAGCUGUAGCCCCAGGUGGCUGAUGAGCACUGGGUAAGUAAAAUACACACAAGAUUUAAAGAACUUUAUACCAAAAAAAAAAAAAAAAAAGGAAAA